UGGAAAUCAGUGCGUUGUGAUUGCACUUCGCAUGAACAAAUCGCAGUUUGUAGAGCAAGAGCCGUGAUUAAACACUAACUACCAAUUUGGAGAUCUACGAAACUGUCAAGUGGGAGGUUAUCGUGUUCAGUUUGAUAGUUUUGGAACAAAGUAACUUAAUUUUUGUUUCUAAUUUUUACAUAUUUUAUAUGAAGUAGAUAAAGAGAAAUUAAACUUAAGAGCUCUUGACUUUUAAGAUAAAUACCAAUGUUUUCUAGACAUUAAAAAGUGUAUACGAAAUGAAACUGUACACGUUAAAUAUGUAAGAAUGAGGACGUGUUUUAGACUUUCAUUAGUGUGACUGACUAUUUUAAUAAUAUUAUGAUUUUACUUUGCAGAAAAUAAUAGUAGCCUAGUUACUUUAGUAAACAGUAGGCUAUAUUGCCCUAGCUAAAUUUAGUUGACUGUUUCAAAAGUUUUUACAAGAUGGAUGGGGAUCAGUCAGGUGAUGUUGAAAAUGAGAGCCUGAGAGAACAAGAUAAUUCUGGCCCAAUGAGAUUCCUAGCAUUGUUUCUGAUGUGCCUUCUAGGAUUUGGCUCUUAUUUUUGCUAUGACAAUCCGGGGGCAAUCCAAGAGAAUUUUACGGAAGACAUGGGUCUCUCCACGGCUGAAUUCACACUUUUAUAUGCUGUUUACGCAUGGCCUAAUGUUUUACUGUGUUUUAUCGGUGGAUUUUUAAUAGAUAGGGUAUUUGGUAUUCAGUUUGGAACAAUUCUGUACGCUUUCAUUGUGGUAAUUGGUCAGCUGAUUUUUGCUGCUGGCGCAUAUUCCGACUCCUUCGGUCUCAUGCUUGUGGGCCGAUUUGUCUUUGGGAUCGGAGGGGAGUCGCUGGCAGUGGCACAGAACAACUACGCCGUUGUCUGGUUCAUGGGCAAGGAGCUCAACACAGUGUUCGGUCUGCAACUGAGCUUCGCCAGAGUCGGCUCCACGGUGAAUCUCGUGGUGCUAGGACCGCUGUACAACUGGGUCGAGCAGUUCUACCACGGCCACACCUGCUUGGGUGUAACUCUCUUCAUAGCGACUGCCACCUGCGUCAUGUCGCUGCUUGCCGCACUUCUGCUCGGACUGUUGAGAAAAAAGAAGGAUACGUCCGCCAGGGACAACCCCAACAACGAGGUGGCCAGGAUAACUGACGUCAAAGACUUCAAUGUCACGUUCUGGCUCAUAUGUGUCAUCUGUGUUGUCUACUACGUUGCCAUCUUCCCCCUGAUCGCUCUGGGCAAGGUGUUUUUUGAGCGCAAAUUUGACAUGACGGAGAAUGAUGCCAGCUGGGCGAACAGCAUUUUGUACAUCACAUCUGCCGCGUUCUCACCGGUGUCUGGCUACCUGGUCGACAAGACUGGCCGGAACGUGUUCUGGGUCUCUAUCUCCAUCUUCUUCACCAUAAUCGGACAUGCAAUGUUGGCCUUCACGCUCGUCAGUCCGUACUUCACAAUGAGCUUGAUUGGUAUCGCUUACUCUAUGCUGGCUGGUUCUCUCUGGCCCUUGGUAGCGUAUAUCAUCCCUCAGUACCAACUGGGAACAGCUUAUGGAGUAGCCCAGGCUAUCCAGAACCUUGGGCUGGGAGUGAUUACAAUGCUCACUGGUAUGAUCGUGGAUAAUUGGGGCUACUUCAUGCUGGAGUUGUUCUUCCUGUUUUGCUUGUUCUUGGCGUUGCUGACUGCUAUUAUCAUAUGGCUCUAUGACGCGAGCCAUAACGGAACACUGAACAUGAACAACGAACAACGCCAGGAAUUUGAUAAGAUGAAACAGGCUGCUGAAGAGGCGGACAAAGAGCGGCUUCUGUCAGUCAACGCUGGCGGAGAAGGCAGCUCUCAGGAUGUAUUGCAGCCACAGACAGACUUCCAGAUACGCAACCGCUACUUGUCUCGCAUUGGUGCAAAUUUGCCUUCGCACUUGGCACCAUUCAAAGGCAUCGCAUACCGCACCCUGAGAUGAGGAUGGCAACACACAGAUGAGGACGAGGUAGAGGCUUUGUUGUUGGACGGAGAGAGCGAUAUUGACGAGGACCUGGAACUGUACUGUUUUCACCAUUAGUGUUGAUUACUCCUGUGAUAGUGUGUGCGUUUUUUUGUGUGUACCAACGUAGCGACCCCCUUACUCUUCAUUUGUGUCUCGGUAACGUAACGUACCCGUGAUCUAUCUGUACAUAACCACGUUAUACAUAAUAGAAUGACAUUGCUACUGUUAGACAUAUCAUUCCUUAUGUUCCAAUUUUGAGUUUGGCAUGUAUUAACUGAUCUUGACUCGGUGUUCAGUGUAUAGGCUAAAUGCCGGUUUUGUAACGGUUUUAUAUUCUGAUUAAAGUUUUAAGCAUUUGAGUGUUUGGUACUCUUUUACUUGGGGAGCGACAAAUUAUUUGUGUACAAACGUGACUAACAUAUUCUAAUGAAGCCAGUCAAAAAUCUAGUUUCCUGGGAACACUAGGAUGAAUUACAGAAUUGCAAAAAUCGCAUCGACAAUCAUAGUAGUGAUAAGAACGUAAAUUGUCUAACUUUUUUUCAAGAUAAUUCAAUUUCAGAAUUUAGUUUGAAAGAGAAAUAGAUUUCCUAGUGCAGUAGUCAAGUGAAUAUUUAUUUAUUAUUUAUAUUUUCAUUCCCUGCCAAUAUAAAAAAUAAUUAAAACCUAUAUUUUUCCAUUUUUAAUUAAAAAGGAAACAUGAGCAUUGUGAAUAUAUACAUGUUUUGUUAUAUGCCACUUUUAUAUGAAAGUUAGAUGAGAACUAACCUCCUUCCCCAGAUGAAAACUAACCCCCUUCCCCAGAUGAAAACUAACCCCCUUCCCCUCCUUUACAUUGUCAAUACAUUUUACAUUUUUUCCCAAUAAAUUGGCAUAUAAUUAAUAUUGCAUUUUUAUGUUAAUAGAUUAAGAAAUAAGGACAAACACUAAUCAAUUCCAUCAAAACUAAAAAUUUUGUUGUGUCCUGUGAACAAAUAUUGUCAAGAGGGAUUUGUUCAUUUGUAAUUCUUUGUUAGUUGGAUAAAUGUGUUUGAAGUGCUGUAAAAGUUUGACUCUCAAGUUUUACAGUUAAAUUACAACAGAAAUUCAUUUAUUAGUGAAGGCUCGCAAUGAAUUCUGGCUCAAAGAUUACAGUAUUGUAGCAGGUAGUAAUAGGAUGUUAAGAUACAGUGGUUCUUGUUCCCAUUAUUCUUUUACGUAGUAUGUAUUGUCUUUUGUUCCUGUUAAAAUGUAAUUUGUGGAUUUUGGGGUACUUUCAUUACAUGUAUGAGAUGUUUAAAAGUAGACUUUUGUAUGGAGGUAGAUUAUACAGGAUUGUCAAUAGUGAAAGAGCCAUUUAAUUGCAUUUCAUCCGUCUUGUGUUGCGUUUAAGACACUUGCAUAAUUUUUCAGUUGGACAAUACAUUCACCAUAUAUGUGUCAUUGUUCCUUUCUGAGACCAAGAAAAGAAUAAACAUUGUUUCCAAAUUUAGAUAGGUUUUGUCAAAUUCGGUAAAAAUCGCAAAUUGUGCAUUUUAUUAAUUACCAUCAGAAAGACUUAAAAAUGCAUUAUAUAAAUUUCAAUAUGGCAUAAAUUUUUUUUUAAAUAGUUGUUACAGCUUUUAAAUAAGAGAUUCUAAAAUUUAAAUUUAGAUAUUUUUUUACAGCUCUUAUUUAACAAAAGAUUUUGUUGUAUUAAAAUUUCUAAUGAUUUUUUUACUAGGAAUUUUUGGAAGUUUAGAACUUAAUUUCAUAGUUUUUUCUUAAAUUUUUAUGUUUUGUUUCAGCAAACGUAAACACAUGUAACACUUAAGUUUUUAAGAUAGGUUUUAACUUUCCAUAGCAAGAACAAACAAGUUUUAAUUCUUGAUUACAUUGUUGUUUAAAAUCUCUCAUUUUAAGCUUUUCUACAUUUUUUACAAAUACGUAAAUUUUAUCUGUGCAAGUAUGAAGUAUAAAUUUAUGUUUUCUUAUGAUAAAAAAUAAUGUAGGCACAAAACCAACUAACUUAUGUGUUUGUUUUAGACCUAACUGGUUUCAGUAAAAGGUCUUUAAAACCUAAAUAUAGUUUACAAUGCCUUGUAGCAUUUCUCGGCAGUAUACAAUCUUUUAUUUUUUCUUAUCUCAACUAUUCUUUUUGAAUAUUCACAAUAUUAUGAUAAGUAAACUAAGUUUGGAUUAAAAAAUAAAUUAAUACUUAGCUAUAUUUAAAUUGCUUGUUUUAUUUUAGAUAUUAGCUACUUUGGGAUUUGUAUAGUGCAUUUUUAACACAUAUCUUUGUUUAAAUCAAGUAUGAUUGAAUUGAAGUACAAUAUCAAGUACUCGUAGUUUUUCCUUUAGGAAGAAGUGGUUUUUAAAAGUAUAAUUACGUUUAUAAAGCCACCAUGACUUGUUGUCCAUAGGUUACCAGUGAUAGUUUAAAAUAAUCAUUUCACUUGGCAUUUUAAAAGAUGUUUUACAUGACAAGUUACUUUACCUCCUACUUGCAUUUAUUCUUACGUUGUAACACUUUAUUUCUUUACCAUACAAUGAGACCAGGUGGAGAUCGUGUGAUGUAGUCUGAUAGAAUUUGAUUAGUGUAGUGGUCGGUUAUAACAACAUUAUUUUCCUAGUAUUUCACCAAUGCUAGCAUAUUCAGCAACAAAGAUAGUUAUUCAUGUUAUUGUUCCAGCAUGAAUUCAUUUGUUGUUUUGCUCAUAUUAAUUUGUCAGCGCCUAACGGUACGCCUCACAAACACUACUGGUGCUUUAACAUUGUAAACAGUAUGACUGGAGAAGCAAUUUAACUGCCAUUUUGCCUUAGAAGUUCUGGUGUGACUUGUCAAGUUUGUGUACGGACAUUUUGAUCUCAUUAGACUUUCCGUUUCAACAACAUGAUUUAUAUAUAAUCUAAUGUAUACAUUAUAGAGUAGCCGACUAAAUUGUAUGUAUCAUUUAAAUAUAGAUAUUAAUACAUUUAUUUUUAUAUACGUAGUGGCAUAAGUAUUUGGUCGUAUAAUCAUAUUUAUUUAUUUAUUUACCAAUCUCUAAAGUGAUAUUUUUAUUGUAUUAAUAAAAGUUGUUGACAUGGG